CUCCGACCCGGGCUGGACUGGGCUGGGCUGGGCUGGGCAGCACUUGGGUAGGCUCCUUUUUACUCCGACUCCCACUGCAAUUCGGUUUCAUCUCGAAUCCAUCUCCCCACCCAACCUGGAUCCAUCGCGCCCCAUAAAUCCAUCCACACACACCCGCCGACACGAAGCAACGAUCUUGUGAUCCAUCCAGCUUGAACAAGGCAAUCGAUUUGGGAUCGAUUCACGGCGACCUUGCAGACUGGGUGGAUCGAUGGCCGGCAAGCCGACACCUCCCGAUUACGGCUGCCCCGACGACGGCGGCGAGCGGCCGCCCUUUGUCCUCAUCGAUCCAAAGGCCUACUUCGCCGACCGCAAGAACGCCACCACCGCCUUCUGCGAUAUGAAGGCCCCCAAGCUCAAGGGCCAACUCCAGGUCACCUUCUGCGCCGUCGCCCCGCCGCUCGUCUCCUAGUUCUGCGUCCACGCCACCCACAUGGACCACACCGAGUUCGCCGUAUCGCCCUUCAUCGUGGCCACCGAGACCGACGGCGGCCUCGUCCUCCUAUGCGUCGUCCCCGGUAAGCGUCCAACCGAUGCCCAGCUUCUCCGAAAUCGCCAAUACUUCGUCUACGACGCCUGCUACUGCCAACUUUACCACCUCCCGCACCCUGGCCCACAACACGAAAUCAACGGCUUCUCGCUCGCCAUCAUGCGCGAGCCCAACAAAGGCACCGGCACCGGCAACCUACGCCCCCAUGGACAGGCAGAGUUCGGUCACUUCGUCGUUGCCGCACAAGCUCACUUAUUCUGGGGUAAAAAAUCUCCUCAGCUCUGCAUCUAUCACUCUGCUACCAAGACCUGGAGCAAGAAGCCGGUGGUGAUAGAUUCAUCUCCACAAAAACACUCUACAACCAAGACAUUCACCAUUGGAGGACCCAAGGGCACCGUGGCCUGGGUGGAUCUCUGGCGCAACAUCAUCUUCUGCGACGUGCUCGCCGGACGCCCCACGCUCAGCUGCCUGAAUCUGCCACCGCCCCUCAGGCCCCGCCCCAACGUGGGCGCUGGCAAUCCAAGGUCUCAUCGCAACAUUGCGGUCCUUGGCAACACCAUCAAGUAUGUCGAGAUGCUGCCUCACCCCGACAGAAGCUCCUCUACGCCCCCCUCCCAUCGUUGGGAGGUCGCGGCAUGGAGCAUCCAGAAGGCAAAUCGGUCCUGGCCCGAGGACUGGCACACCGAAGGCAACCUCGAUUCCACCCAUAUAAAGGUUGAUUCUGGUACCACAGCGGCUACCCUCCCAACCUUGUCGACUCUCCACGUUGGCCUGCCCACCCUCAGCCUGCAGAAUGAUGCCAUUUUUCACUUCCUCGCCAAGAUUGACUACCGCCAAAGCGAACACACAGCUUGGGUGCUUGCUGUUGACAUGCAGACCAAGACUAUCACGCAAGCGGCCGAGUUUCGCGCCGAGAGGACUCUUGGUUUAGCCUGGGGCUUCGACGCAAGUAGCAUCUCGGCAUAUCUCCAAACUGCUCCAGGUACACAGCAAAUACCUAAACGACCAGGGGUGCCGUUGCUGAAAUCACCUAGCAAGAAGCAUACUGGAGAUGUUGACGCCAUGGUGGCGUGAUGUUGCAUGGAAGCUGACUAUAUAUGGUAAUUCAUAUGGCAUGAUGUUGUAUGGAAGCUGUAUGACCUGAAAAUAGUAUCGAAUUAUCAUGUUUCUAGGUCACCUUCUGUGUUGUGGCCCGCCGCUCAUCUCCUACUUGUACGUCCCAAACUACUACUCACAAGGCAGAGGCACAGGACUUCAUUAAUAUAAAUAAGAGCAGGACAUAGGGUUUUAUUUC